AUGAAUUUCUUCAAGACAAAGCCUCGCACCCCCCCUGAUCUGGUCAGAGGUCUCCGAGAUGCUCUAUCGAAGCUAGAGGCUGAGCCACCAGGAGAUGUUCGGAGAAAGAACUUGCAGCAAAUCAAGGCGAUCUUGUACGGCGAUGGAGACCCCUUACCGGAGUUGGUGGCCCAACUUGCUCAGGAGACGUACAGCACAGAUCUGUUGUUAUAUCUGCUCCAGAACAUCAAAAGGCUUGAGUUCGAGUCUCGGAAGGAUGUGGUCCAGAUCUUCAACAACUUGCUGCGACGACAGAUCGGCUCACGUUUCCCGACCGUGGAGUACCUCAAUUCCAAGCCAGAGGUGCUGUUUGCUGCCUUUCAUGGAUAUGAAGAAGAAGAGAUCGCACUCAAUACCGGUAUGGUCCUGCGAGAGAUGCUUCGACAUGAACCUUUGGCGAAGACCCUCCUGUACUCUGAGCAGUUCUACAAGUUCCCUCAUUAUAUCGAGAGCACGACGUUCGGCAUCUCAUGCGAUGCAUACACGAACUUGAAGGAGACGUUAACACGACACAAGACCAUGGUCGCGGAGUACCUUGAUAAGAACUAUGACAGAUUCUUUUCGUCAUUCACGACAUUGAUCCUCUCGAACAAUUACGUCACGAAGCGGCAGUCGCUGAAGCUGCUCGGAGAGAUCCUAUUGGAUCGUGCGAACUUCAACGUGAUGACUCGGUACAUCGCAAGCGAGGCGAAUCUCAAGAUGAUGAUGAACCUCCUCCGCGACAAGAGCAAGAACAUUCAGUUCGAGGCGUUUCAUGUAUUCAAGGUGUUUGUUGCGAAUCCCAAGAAGCCGCCGCAAAUCGAGGGUAUCCUUCGGCGAAACAAGGACAAACUGCUCAAAUUCCUGAAGGACUUCCACAACGACAAAGAAGACGAGCAAUUUACGGACGAGAAGCAAUUCUUGAUAGUACAGAUACAGAAUCUGUGA